ACGACAGACAGAAGAGGAACCAGUGGUGUAUAUCUUUCCAAACCGCAGCGUCUGUCUGUCUAUCUGUGUGAAGUGUAUUUUUUGGGAAUUCCUCCAUGAUGCCUGAGGUGCGGGACCUUUCAGACGCCCUGCCAGAGAUGCCCAUGGACCCGAUCACUGGCGUAGGGGUUGUGGCCUCAAGAAACAGAGCUCCCACCGGCUAUGAUGUGGUUGCACAAACCACAGAUGGGAUCGAUGCAGACUUGUGGAAAGACGGUCUGUUCAAAUCCAAGGUGACCCGCUAUCUGUGCUUCACCAGGGCUUUCUCCAAAGAGAACAGUCAUUUAGGAAAUGUGCUUGUAGACAUGAUGCUCAUCGACAUCAAGGACACGCUGCCUGUGGGAUUCAUUCCCAUUCAGGAAACUGUGGACACACAGGAGCCGGCCUUCAGGAAGAGGAGGUUAUGUAUCAAGUUCAUCCCGAGAGACUCCACUGAAGCUGCCAUCUGUGAUAUCCGCAUCUUAGGACGCUCUAAACAGGCACCGCCACAGUAUACAUUCAUAGGAGAGCUGAACAAUAUGGGGAUCUGGUACCGUAUGGGAAAGGUGCCACGGACCCAGGACUCAUCACCUGUACAGAACAGCACCACCAAUAACAUCCAGACCGUCACCAACAACUCCACUCCAGCGCCAGUCUUGCCCAAGCACAUAUCCAUGACCCUGCCGGCAUGUUUCAGAAAAAGCACAACCAGACCAGACUUUGAACACCAGAACUCCAACCUCUAUGCCAUAUCUGCUAUGGAUGGAGUGCCUUUCAUGAUUUCGGAGAAGUUUGCAUGUGCCUCCAGUGAUUUGCAGCAGGUGGAUCUAAUGGGCAUCAGAAUCAAAUCACUUGCAGAGAUCGAGGAGGAGUAUGAAUAUAGUUUCCGGACGGAGCACAGCGCUGCGGCCCGUCUGCCACCCAGUCCCACCAGAACAUCUCUGGGCUCUGAGGCCUAAUGCUCACGCACUCGAGGAAAGAUGGAAAGGAGGAGAACUUCGAACCUCUGAAGACCUGAUCUGAGCAGAGACUCAUCCACCUCUCUGAAAGUACAACGGAAACCCACAAAACAAAUGGCGACGAGUUCGAAGGAGGGAAAAAUAAGGAUAUUGAUGGGGGUUUUUUUUGUUUGUUUUUUUCAUAAAAUUAACAAAUAUUUCAUGUGGUCAACUUCAGUCUCUCUUAAGUUGAUGCUGCUUUUUCGUAAAGAGCUUUGGAUCAAAUCAAAACCACUACCGUGUUUCAUUUGUUAUGUGACAAGUAUUGCGUCUGAAGUUGCGUUCUGACUUAUUCUGGCUGCUGGACUGAGAUGCUGUUAACGUAAUGACUUUAUGAAGGGUCACACUUGGACAAACCCUUAAGAAUUCACAUUUGAGCCCCAAAGUCUGCGUCAUAUGCAUGGAGUUGAAAGAUGUUUUUUUUUUUUUUGCCUCUUUUUGUUUGUUCGCUGGCUCGGUUUUAUUUAGAUCGCAGCGACUGCAUGACUUUGAAAUGGAGCCCAGUUCACUGCACUGUUACAGGACUUCUGAAACAUUUCAGUAUUUUUGUGUUUGUCUGGAAAAAAGAGAUUAGAACAAAAACACUCCGAUGAGUCAAACCCUUGUACGUAGACAAGCGCUGAAUCAGGAAUGCGUUGAUUUGGAAUUGUGUGUUUUCCCUUUUGUCUUUGUAACCUGAACUGAUCUAUCACUCCAGUCACCACUGCUCAGUUUUACCCUUUCAGUCUCAUGUUAUGAUGUUUGAUGGUGCUCAAGCAUUUGGAUAUUGUUUCUCCCAGUCUAUUUGUGGCUUCUGACAUUUAUGGUGAUAUUUUUUUUUUUUUUAGACUUUUUUUAUUUAACAAACAAGUUAAUAUUU